AUGGCAAUUUUAGAUUGCACAACACGUUGGUCCUCUAUGUGUAUGAUGCUAGAGCGAUUAUUAAGUUUGAAAGAUUUCUGUAAUGAUUUUAUCAUAGGAGCAUGUGAAAUCAUUUUGUCAGAAGAUGAUUGGAAUCAAGUAAAAGAGCUUACUAGUGUGCUGGUUCCUUUAAAAAUAACAACAUUAAGAGUGCAAGCUGAACAAUUAUGUUUAUCGGAUUUUUAUGGCAUAUGGUUAAGAUGUCGAUUAGAGUUAGGGAGAUUAACAAGUUAUUUUUCAAAUGAAGUAUUAGAAAAUACGAAAAUAAGAGAGCAACAAUAUUUACAAAAUAGUGUUGUAUAUGCUUCGAUAUAUUUAGACCCGCGAUAUCAGGUUUUAUUAAGUAGUGAGCAAAAACAAAUGGCUAUAGACCAUCUAGAAGAUUUAUGUUAUACCCAAAACUCUAUUAUUUACAAUACAUUGGUGGUUACAACAAUAUCUAAUGGUUGUAGCGAUAACAAUGAUAAUGAUAACGAUAUUGAUGAUCUGGAAAUUUUACUAUUAGAUAGAGAAAAAAAAAUUAAAUUAUCAUCUGAUAGAAAGGAGCAAAAAAUAUCUAUUGUAUCUUUAAUAGAAAAGUUCUCGGAAGUUAUGAGAAUUAAUAGAGAUGCAAACAUUUUAAAAUUCUGGGAGGAAAAUUCUUCAAUAUAUCCAGAAUUAUAUACCUUUUCUAGAAUCGUCAUGGCUGUACCGGCGACACAAGUAAGCGUAGAACGUGGAUUUUCAUCGUUGACUAAUUUACGUGGAAAUCUGAAGAAUGAUAUUUUAGAAGACAUUCUUAGAAUUAUGGAAACAUUCGAAUUAUUCAGAUCAAUUACCUUAGGCUCGGUCAUAUGUUUGAUGAACUUGUGGAUGUUUGUAGGAAAUUCUUUAGUGAUUUUAGUUAUCUUGAUUUAUCCGAAACUACGCACUACGCGGAAUUAUAUGAUUCUUUCCUUAGCUUUUGCCGAUUUGUUAAUAAGUUUGACCGUAGUUCCCUUUUCAAGCUUGAAUUUAAUUCUACGCAAAUGGCUUUUUUCACAGGCUUAUUGUAAGGUCUACGUUUCAUUAGACUUUUUGCUAAGCACGGCGAGUAUAUUAAAUCUUUGUUUGAUAGCCAUAGAACAAUAUAUAGAAGUCACCAAACCUUGGGUAAAACUUUCUUUUUCAAAAAAUGUCAGAAUAGUGACAUAUUUAUCAAUAUUACUUGUUUGGAUUGUUUCAAUAACAAUAUCAUGGGGAGUGGUACAAAUUGUUGAUACACUCUUAACAAAGAAUACUCAAACCGACAACGUUAAUUCUAUCGUAAAAAGACAUAUAAUCGUGCCUAAUAUAAAUUCUUUGAAUUAUACCAAUUACAUUUUAAACGAUUUAGUUCCAAUCAAUUAUACAAAAAAUGAAUCUUAUGACGACACUCUGGAAAUUGUAUACAAUACCGUUAGGAGCAAUCAUCAUUUUAUUCCAAUUCUUAAGCAUAUUAAUCACAAUGUUAGUCUAAAGGAAUGCCAUUUUGAUAAAUAUCACACUUUAAAAAACGGGUCUAUAUCCAAAAUGAUAAGUAAAUAUUUUUACUUAAAAAAUGUGUCUCAAUUUCAUUCUAAUAAACUCCCUUUAAGAGUUAAACGGUGUAAAUAUUUUCUAAACUAUGUAAAUUAUAUUCAAUCACAUUUGAAUUUUGGGCAACAUAAACUUGUUUACACAGAUACCACUACCGAAAUUCCUCAAAAAUUUCAACCAUCGUUAAUAUAUCAUUGGAACAAGAAUAAAAGUAGUUCAGCAAAUAAUAAUCUAGCUAUUGAACAAUGUUCAUAUUUAUCGCAUAUAUCACCUUCUUUCGCACUAUGGACCACUGUAUUAACAUUCGUAGUUCCAAUGUCUGUCAUCUUUUUUGCUUACUAUCAUAUUUUUGCAAUCGUACGGCAAAGAGCUAUAAAAGCUCGCCUCAAUUUAAGUCGGUAUAACAAAGCGAUGACAUUUGGAUUAUCGAAAGUGCACAAAAAUGAACACGCGAUAAAAGAAUCAGAGAUGGACUCUGAUUCCUCUAACGUUUUCAGCACUUUGAGUAAUCAUAAGCCAAGCCAUGAAAACACACUAUCUGUGAUAAAUAAAUUGACUAAUCUGUCAGAAAAUAAAAGUAAUGGUUUUAAUGAAACAACUAUCCCCAAGAUGAUCAAUGGCGAUAUCUCUAAGCCAUCACAUAAAAAUUUCCCAAUUUCAUCUAAUGCGAAUAAUAUCUCGAAUCAAUUUCCAACUAGCUCGUCUACAAAUAAAAGCCUUGAAUUAACUAAGCCAUUAGUAGUAAACGCUAUAUCUUCUAAAGCCAAUAAAAAGGAGUUAAUCAAUUUGAAAAAAAAAUCAAUUAGCCUAAAAAAAAAUAGUAACAAAGAGCGGAAGGCCAUAAAAAUGCUGGGUAUUAUUAUUGGAAGUUUUACAAUUUGUUGGGUUCCUUAUUUUACUAUGUACGUUAUGGACCCAUAUUGCAACCAUUGUAUGCCUAUAUCACUAUUCACAUUUGCUACAUGGCUAGGCUAUUUUAACUCUUGUUUGAAUCCUGCCAUUUAUGCCACUUAUAAUAUUCAGUUUAGAAAAGCUUUUAAAGACAUACUAUGUUUCAGGGGGAAGAUGGUAGUCAUAAAAUUUGGAGCGCCGGCUAGCUCGGGGUUAGGAUUAAGAGGAAUUUUUGACCAUUGUAGAGGAAUCACUAAAAAUAGGAGUAACUAA